CUGUCGCUGUUUGUUAUUGUGGGCGGGUCGUGGGCUAUUUUAUGUGUAUAGUGCGCGGACGGCCUGUGGGCUGGAGUGGGCCGGAAAUUACCAGCAGCGGCCUGGUGAAGCGGUACUCCCGGAGACCCGUUACGACUGAGGUGCCCGUAUUGCUUAGGGGCACCACCGAGGCAGUAAUCCCGUCACGGAAAGGGAGAGCGGCCACAGGUCCCAAAAUGGAAAAUCCGAGGCUCUGAGGAGCUAUAAGACAGAUUGACUUGACUUUAUUCCAAAGCAAGACACAAUGGGAGGAAAAGAGAAACUGGAGGCCAUGCUGAACGUGGCCCUGCGUGUCCCGAGCAUCAUGCUGCUUGAUGUUUUAUAUCGAUGGGAUGUCAGCUCCUUCUUCCAGCAAAUCCAAAGAAGUAAUCUGAACAGUAACCCCCUCUUUCAGUACAAGUACCUGGCCCUCAACAUGCAUUAUGUUGGCUACAUCGUGAGCGUGGUGCUUCUUACAUUACCUCGACAGCAUCUGGCUAAGCUGUACCUGUACUUUGUGACUGCUUUACUGCUGUAUACGGGACACCAGAUCUCCAGGGACUAUGUUCGGAGUGAGCUGGAGUCUGGUUAUGAAGGGCCAAUGCACCUGGAGCCCCUGUCUAUGAACCGGUUUAUCACGGCAUUCGUUGGCCAGCUGGUUGUGUGCACCCUGUGCUCCUGUGUGAUGAAGACGAAGCAGAUAUGGCUCUUCUCGGCUCACAUGCUCCCCCUGCUGGCCCGCCUUUGUCUUGUCCCAAUUGAAACUAUUGUCUUCAUUAACAAAUUUGCCAUGAUUUUCACUGGGCUUGAGGUGCUGUACUUCCUGGCUUCUAACCUCUUUGUUCCCAUUAAUCUCGCCAAGACUGCGUAUCGAGAAGUGGCCCAGGUGGUUGAGGUCUACGGGCUUCUCGCACUGGGGAUGUCUCUCUGGAACCAGCUGGUGGUCCCUGUUCUGUUCAUGGUGUUCUGGCUAGUCCUGUUUGCACUUCAGAUUUACACUUAUUUUAGCACACGCGACCAGCCCACUUCCCGUGAGCGACUGCUUUUCCUCUUUCUAACAAGUAUCGCCGAGUGCUGUAGCACGCCAUACUCUCUCCUGGGUCUGGUCUUCACCGUGUCGUUUGUUGCUCUUGGCGUCUUGACUCUCUGCAAGUUUUACCUUCAGGGGUACCGAGCUUUUAUAAAUGAUCCUGCCAUGAACAGGGGGAUGACGGAAGGGGUGACUCUUCUGAUUCUGGCUGUGCAGACGGGGCUUAUUGAGCUUCAGGUAGUCCACCGGGCCUUCCUCCUCAGCAUCAUCCUGUUCAUCGUGGUGGCAUCCAUUCUGCAGUCCAUGCUGGAGAUUGCCGACCCCAUCGUCCUUGCUUUAGGGGCUUCACGUGACAAGAGCCUUUGGAAACAUUUCCGUGCUGUCAGUCUCUGCUUGUUUCUCCUGAUUUUCCCGUCGUACAUGGCAUACAUGAUCUGUCAGUUUUUCCAUAUGGACUUCUGGCUUCUUAUUAUAAUUUCGAGCAGUAUCCUAACAUCUCUGCAGGUCCUUGGAACCCUGUUCAUCUAUGUCUUAUUCAUGAUUGAGGAGUUCCGGAAAGAACCCGUCGAAAACAUGGAUGAUGUCAUUUACUACGUGAACGGCACAUACCGCCUGUUGGAGUUCCUUGUGGCGCUGUGCGUUGUGGCCUAUGGAGUCUCUGAAACCGUGUUUGGUGAGUGGACUGUCAUGGGGUCCAUGAUCAUCUUCGUCCACUCGUACUAUAACGUCUGGCUGCGGGCACAGCUUGGCUGGAAAAGUUUCCUUUUGCGCAGGGACGCCGUGAAUAAAAUCAAAUCGUUACCGAUUGCAACCAAAGAGCAACUGGAGCAACACAAUGACAUCUGUUCCAUCUGCUAUCAGGACAUGGAUUCUGCUGUUAUCACCCCCUGUAAUCAUUUUUUCCAUGCUGGAUGCCUUAAAAAAUGGCUGUAUGUGCAAGAAACCUGCCCGUUGUGUCAUUGCCAGUUGAAGUCCUUAUCUCCUCAGCCUGGGACUGAAACCAACACCUCCAAUGAGGAAGUGCAGAACAUGCCCAAUUCCCAACCGGCGGACCAUGCCAGGGCCGCGACCCCAGAAAAUACACCACCGCACGCAGCCCAGGAACCAGAGACUCUGCCUGCCGGCUCACCGGACAGCAUCGCUGAGCUCCAGGAGGAGGGCUUGCACGACGCUAGUGGCGGAGGCUUGCACGACGCUAGUGGCGGAGGCUUGCACGACGCUAGUGGCGGAGGCUUGCACGACGCCAGUGGCGGGCAGAAUAGCAAAGAAGUGUUCAGGGGGCUAAGCACUAGAGACAAUGAGCAACCUCUGAACUUAAGUGAAAAUAUUUCGUCUACAGCAAGUAAAGUUUUUACUGCGAUCUGAUAUGCUUUUUUUUGCCUUCUGAGGCGAGACCUUACAAAGCCAAACCCCCUCCUAACACGCAGCGUUCUUCUGCUCCGAAGAAGCAUUUAAACCACUUAUGCUGAUGAAAGUGUAUGCAAAAUUUUUCCCACGUGGAUCUCUUUUUCUCAUGUUUUUGGUGCCGAUGACGAUAAUUAAAACAAACCGGUUCUUUCUAACUGCCAACGGACACAGAUCACUGCUUAUUUUUCUUGGGGAAAUUUUGUGAAAGAAAAGGGUCUUUAUUUUGCUUUUUAUUUUUAUAAAUUUAAAGGGAAAUGCAGACUGACAGAUGAGUCUUGAAGAUUCCAGAAUGCCUGGCAGUCCACGGCUACAGACUUUUUUUUUUUUCUUU